AUGUUAAGAUUUCAGAAUAGGAGUAUAGCUAUGUCAAAGUUUCAACUUGCUGCCCUUUUCAUCUCAUGUUUUCUCCUGUAUGCUUCUCAAUCAAAGGCAUUGAACUUGAACACAAAACAAAUCGGAUAUGAAGACGAGUGUGUCUACAGAGGCUCGUGCAGGUUCAGCUACGAAUGUAAGAGUCGAUGUGGACCGCCCGAGUUCCCACAUGGAACUCUUGGUUUAUGCAUGCUCAGUCCCGAUGGUUCUGAAUAUCUUUGUUGUUGUACUCCCAAUAGUAAACAUUAGUUAUAACUUUGGUUGGGUUAUUAUUAUGGAAAAUUUAAAGGAACAUUGAAUUGAAAAACAUACUCUAUAUAAAUAAUACCUAGCAAUUUCUGAAUA